UGAAAUUUUGCAGACCUCUUUGGAGGAAAAUGUCAUUACAGGCUCUAGUGCUUCUGGACCAGCAGCCACCAGAAAACAUGAAAACUGUUUUUUUCAGAGAAAGGAUAAUGUGACCUGAGCUUUAGCUGGAUUACAAAGUGGGCUAAAGACCCACCUCCCCUGAGAGGCAGACAGAGCUCUCAGCUCUCAUCUCCUCCUCCCCCUCUUCCUCCAUCGCCUCCUCCUCCUCUUCCUCCUCCUCCUCCAGCGAGCACAUGCUCACGCUGCUCCCAUCUGAUGCCGACUGGAUGCGGAGCUCCGCUCACAUCUCCAUCCUCUCUCCACCUCCUUCUCCUCUGACAUCUAGAGCUUCUCCGUUUUCUUUUCCCUCCAGUUGUUCCCGACCAGGAUGUGGCACUCUGUGGCUCUUCUCCUCUCUGGACUCUCCGCUUUGAUCAACGUGUCUUUGCAGGGGCCUCACCAGAGGAACCUGCUGAAAAACCUCCUGAAAGACUACAACCGGAUGGAGCGGCCAGUGGGGAAUGACUCCCAUCCUCUGACCGUCUUCUUCACCCUCAGUUUGAUACAGAUCAUGGACGUGGAUGAGAAGAACCAGGUGUUAACCUCCAACAUGUGGCUUCAGAUGAGUUGGUACGACCACUACCUGCAGUGGAACCAGAGCGACCACCCUGGCGUGAAAAACCUACGCUUCACCACAGAUCAGGUCUGGACUCCAGAUAUUCUGCUCUACAACAGUGCAGAUGAUGACUUCGACUCCACCUUUAAGACCAACAUUCUUGUAAACUCCAGCGGCUUUGCAAAGUAUCUCCCUCCAGGAAUCUUUAUGAGCACGUGCAAUGUGGACGUCCGCUGGUUCCCAUUCGACAUCCAGAAAUGCGAGUUAAAGUUUGGCUCCUGGACGUAUGACGGCUGGCUGCUGGACCUCCAGAUGACCGAUGCUGACAUCUCGGGAUACAUGCCCAACGGAGAGUGGGACUUAAUUGGUGUUCCUGGCACCAGAAAUGAGGUUUUCUACGACUGCUGCAAGGAGCCGUACCCAGACGUGACGUUCGUGAUCACGAUCCGGAGGCGGACGCUCUACUACGCCCUGAACCUGCUCAUCCCUUGCGUGCUGCUUUCCUCCAUGACCCUGCUGAUCUUCGUGCUGCCAGCCGACUCAGGAGAGAAGAUUUCACUGGGUAUCACCGUUCUGCUGUCGCUCACUGUUUUCAUGCUGCUGGUGGCUGAGAUAAUGCCCGCCACGUCGGACUCCGUCCCGCUCAUAGGCCAGUACUUUGCCAGCAUAAUGAUCAUCGUUGGGAUGUCAGUCAUUGCCACGGUUGUGGUUUUACAGUAUCAUCACCACGAUCCAAAUGGAGGGCACAUGCCGAAAUGGGUGCGUCUCGUUUUGCUGCAGUGGGUCGCCUGGUUCCUGAGGAUGAAGCGGCCAGGGGAGAACGACGAUCCGGAGCGACCGCCCUGCGCCCCACACCUACGCCGCUGCUCCUCAGGAUCACAGAGCGGCAGCAUUCCCAACCCUCCCGACCCGACCCUCCACCCGCUGCACCCGCAGAACCUGACGCCUCUCCAGACGGGGCCGCUCCACGCGGGACACCCUCACCUGCAAACCAGCGCCAACAACAACGGGAACCUUCUCUACAUGGGCUUCCCGAGCAUCGAGGACUCUUCGGUUCUGUCGGAGCCCGUCCAGAGGAAUAACAUCUCUGUAGGACCUCCACGGGUGGCAGGAAGUCCGCCUCCUCACCUGCCGUCGCAGUUCUGCAGCUCCCCUCCGCCUCCAACUCCCAACAUGGACACAGUGGGGUGUCCCAGCACUGUCUCUAGUGGCGGAGGUUUUGGAGGGGGACCAGGAGGAUGCUCAACAUCGGUGAUGGGCGACCCGCAGCUGCAGGCCAUCCUGGAGGAGGUGCGCUACAUGGCAGACCGUUUCAGAGAGCAGGACGAGACCGAGAGCAUGGCUGACCAGUGGAAAUUUGCAGGCGCUGUGAUUGAUCGCCUGUGCCUGGUGGCGUUUAGCGUCUUCAACAUCAUCUGCACCAUCUCCAUCCUCAUGUCGGCUCCAAACUUUGUGGAAGCUGUUUCUAAGGAUUUUGUUUGAGGGGGUAGGGGUAAACAGAAAGAAAAAAAAAACACACACACAUGCAAAGGAACAUUUGGGAGAAAAUUAAGUAUGGGAUGCAGAACGGAACGGGCUCUGAUCCAAGGAAACACGAUUUCCAGCAAACUGUAUGCGCUGUGAUUUGUGAUUGCAAGGAUCUGCGGGAAUGGAAAGAAACUAAUGGUUUUCUUUGCAAUACAUUCUGUUUUGUAACCCAAAAAGAAGAAAACAGAUGAUGAAGGGAAUACAAGGUGAAGUUUAAAUGAAAUUAGAGUGCAGGGUGCUUUAUCAGAUUCUUGACAAGGUGAAAUUGGUUUUUGAGGCCGAUUUGAAAAGGACUUUUGUUUAAAAUUAAAGGGAAAUACGAGUCUGACAAGGACGCCAAUGCAACCUGAGGUAAUGACGGUCUGAUGUCAGGGAAGACUGUUGGCAUAAAAGAGGAAGAAGAGACAGACAGAUAGGCAGCGACAGAUAAAAGAGACGGAUAUGUGACUGUUUCAUUUCCUCAGAUAGGGGAAACAGCCUCUUAGUCCCACAGGUGGAGAAAAUACUGCAUCACUCAAAGUGAUGUGAGAAGAAGAGGCUUUUACAAGGACACAAAACAAAGAGCAGACGUGAAGGACAGACACUGUCCCUCUGGGAACCUGAGACAGGCAGAGUUUUGAGAAGCUGCUUGAUGCUCAGAUGCACAAAAGAUGACCGAAGAUCAAGAGCGUCGCAUCGCACAGGAACUCAUCUAUUAUUCAAUCACUUUUCGGCUAAUGACAGUCAAAUUGAAAGGCUUUGGAUAAUCCUUCAGACUAACAAGCUUCUCAAAGAUGAACUCCCAUCUCUGCUUGUGAGCCACUUUGAAUCUCCAAGACCUUAUCUCUGUGAGACGAUUGCCAAUCAGAACGCUCCUCAGCGGCUCUCUCUGUGUGCGGCGCUCGUCCCGACCCGGAAACUGGAAUUAGCCGCUCGUUCCAGGGCAGCGGCCCGUCGCUGUGCCACUGUGGAGACCGAUGAAAAUUCAUGCACCGGUUACCUAACUGCAUCUGGCAGGUCAUAACGGACCAACGAAACUCAUUGGAUUUCAUAUUAAAGGUUUAAUAACUCAGGCAGGAGGUCAGGGCUCUAAAAGGACACCAGAGGCAGAAGGAAGAGGAUGAGAUCAUUGAAUGUAGAGGAGCAGGGUCCUGUUAAUUUCCUCUGACUGGCUUGCUGCUUCUUGACAGUUUUAAUUUCAACAUAUUUUCAUGAAAUUUAGAGAAUGUAAGAGAGCAAAUCAACACCACAGCCUUCAUACAGGGAUUUUCAACAAAAUAUAGCAAGUCUCUCUGCUGGCAAUUUGAAUAAAAACAUCAUUUUAGCUGGGCUUAAUUCAGAAAUAUUAAUGUGGCAACAAUGUGUAUUUAUUAGACAAUCUCAUCCUAGUUUUUAUUUAUACUACAGUGGCUUGUAAAGGUAUUCAUAGAUCUUGAACUUCACAUUUUAUCCAGUUACAACCUUAACUCAGAGGAAUUUCAGUGAGACCCUAGUUUUGGAUUUGUUAUCAGAGCUAUGUGUCAGUACUUUGUAGGACCAAAACAUCUUUAAUUAAUCAAUCAAUCAAAUUUUAUUUGUACAGCACAUUUCACCAACAAGGCAGGAAAAAAUUAAAAUCAACAAUUGAAGCAUUAGAUGUUUCCAAGUGCUGUCACUACAUGUCAAAAUGUUGGUUAGUCUUUCAUUUAUUAUGGUACCAAAGCAACUAAACAGACUUUAAAAAGUCUUAAAUUCAUGUAGCUAAAAUUAAGGCUUUAAAGUGUCUUAAAUUAAUUAAAAAUACAAGUUGACCUUACAACCUCUAAUAACAAUCAGCUAAAGGAUAUUGCAAACAUUUAAGACAUGUUAAUCACAAGUCUUAAAUUUUUAUCAUAAAUAAAUUCAAACUCAUCGUCACCCAACACACGGUAGAUAAUAGCAACAACAGCGACAAACAGAAGAUAAAUUUCAAGUUUUUGUUGUGUUUAAUUAUAAUACUAUGACAGCAGAUUAGGGUAAUUGCAGAUAGAAAAAAGGGGAUAAGUAAGUUUCCACCAAAAAUCUUUAAUUUUUUUCAGAACUUUCUGAGGUCCAAAAGUUGAAAAUUUGCUAGAAAAAACAUCAGAAAAUUUAUUAUUAAUCUCAGAAAUGCUCUUAUAUAAAACUUGGACAUUUCUGACCUUGAAAAGUUGGAAAUAUUCUAGGAAACAUUGAGAAAAUUCCACGUUUUUCUAGAAAAUUUACGACAUUAAUCUCAAAAUUUCUGAGUUUUCUGGCAUGAAUUUACUCGUCAUUUUUUUCUAUCUGCCUAUUGUUCUUUAUCUAGUUCUAAAAACAUUAAAAUCUAACUUCAACAAAUUCUAGGUUAUUGUUUUAAAAAAAUUCAAAAUCACAAACAAUCUAUUUUCUGCUCUAUUUCAGUCUCUGACAUCGUAGUGGAGGAAUUUUGACCCUCUCUUCACGACAAAGUUGCUUCAGUACAUUAAGAUUUGCAGACAUUUGUUUCUCCCUCAAGGCCUCAGCGCAGCAUUUCAAUCAGCUCCAGGUCUGGAUUUUGGCUCGUCCGUUGCAGCACCAUAACUCUUUUCUUUCUCACUCAUUCUGGGGAAGAUUUGCUGCUGUGUUUAGGAUCAUUACUGCUAUCCUGUUUGGUCUCAUCUGUCAAAACAACCUUGUUUCUGUAGUCUUGUUCACAAAGUCAUGCUACCAAUGUUUUUAUAGAGAAGAGGCUUUUCUCUUGGCUUAUACUGUUAUUAUGUAAUUUGCUAGCUGAGGCCUGAAGAGUUUGUGAUGAAGCUUUUUGGUUUAUCUCCUCCUGGGAAAAUUGGCAGCUGUCCUAAAUAUUUCACAACGUUAAUAAUUUCCUUAAUGCCUCUCAGGUUAAUGGGCAGCAGCAAUUACUCCUGGUGUUUCAGUCAUGGCAACUAAUCAAGUGAUUUUUUUUUAUUAAGAGGAAUGAGUUUUUUCUUCUUGUUUUAUAAGGACUAUAUCUUCGGGUUGAUGUGUCACAAAAAACUAACUUGAUUUUAAUGUUAAGGAUUACUGAAUAUCAGUUUCCAAUAAGAAAAAAGAGAUUCCGCUUAAAAUAAAACAACAAUCUCAGAAGAAGUAAACAACUGACCUGUAUUUCUUUUAUAUUUUAUUCCCAAAGUGUACCAGUCACUAAAUAAACUACCUUCAAAAUGCCAGCAAAGAUACAAAAAUCUAAUUGUUACAGAAGAAGCAAACAAAGCAAAACAAGAAAAACUUUUAAAACUACAGAUUGGCAUUAUGAGAAAUAUUUUUGUUACAUCAACAAAUCCAGUUUGAUUUCAUUAAAUAGUGAACAGAAAUGCUGCGUAUUGCAGUAUCAGCAAACGUCCCUCAACGUUUCAGCUGCAGAUUAAUUUACAUCUGAAGCUCUGGAGAGUUUUUACAGCAGCUGGAUGAUGUAUGUGGGACUGAUUGGGAAUAAAACAGGAGCGCCUCCAUUCAUCCUAAUAGGAAAACAUGACCAGUGCAAUGUGUGGCUUAUUAAUGAGCUUCUAAUCAUGUUAUGACAGGAGGAAAAUAAAUCUCAGCGCUUAGCCUCACGGGCUGUGUUUAUUGGUGUUGGAUAGAUUUGCUGUUUGGGGUUUUCAUUGGAUCUAGCGAUAUAUAUCCACAUUUAUUGCCACUUUGAUUUAUUUAAGUAAACCAUGAAUAUUUUUGUAGUUUUCCUGGGAACGUUUAAGCUAGAAGUUGCAGAAAAGGUUUCUCCAGACGAUUGAGGAGUUGUUGAAGGAAUAUUCGGAGUUUCGAGUUAAAUCUACAUUCAUUUUGUGAACCUGGAGAAAAGCUACAAGUAGUUGUGGGGCAUUUAUCGUACUGUUUUUUCUUUAUCGUGUUAAAUUUCUUAUAAAAAGUUUUAGUUCUUUUUUUCACAAUAAAUUUCAAUUAAUGAUGUUUCAACUCCCCCAAAGCUGUUGAUAUUGUGGUAAUUUCUAUUUUUUACCAUUUUCUCCACCAAUGAGAUCAAUAAAUAAGAAUACAAGUGAAAAUAUGAGUAAAUGCAAAUACUGUGUGCAGUUUAGUAAUGCAUAUCAUACUUAUUUGUGACUUAUGUCCUGAAGACAUGUAUUACAAAUGGCUAUGAUUUUUAAGAGCGGUGUGUUUUCAGGAUUUUUUUUUAUUGC